AUGAGGAAGACAUUUAGAGGCGGGAGCCCGGAGGACCGGUGGUCCUCGGGCUCCCUCACCAGCUGGCGGCGCGACAGCUCGGGCGGCGGAAGGGAGCACGGUGAGGACGGCCUCGCCCCGCCUCGGGGCUGCUUCGCCCCGCCUCGGUACCGCGUCCGCCUGGAAGAUCUCGACGAGCUCCACAGAGCUGCCUGGCAGGGCGACGUCCCCGGGGUGGAGCGCGUCCUGGCGCCCGGAGGCCCCGGCGUGGACGAGAGGGACAAGAAGCAGAGGAAAAACAGACGCCUGAAAGUCUUCCUCAAAAUAACAAUCCAGGUAGUUAUGAGACAAAUCCAACUAGAAUGGACUGAUCCCCUAAAACAACAACCUACAGCAGAGGCUACAUCAUUUAAUUUAGAUGAGACACAGGAUUCAAAGAAGAAAUCGGGUCAAAUUAGCAGUGAAGAUGACCUUACAGAAGCACAGGAAACUGCACCUUCACAAUGUCUACAUGUGGACACAGAGAAUGAAGUUCUUUGGCAGACAUUAUUCGCUAUGAUAGCAUUAAAAAAGAAAUGUCAAACACUACAGAAAAAAAAUAUGCAGCGGAAACAGGAAAAUAUAAAUCUCAAAAGUUUUAUUCAGAAAAAUAUGUUAAAACGUGGUGAAACUGAACAGUAUGAAGCACCGAGUGAAGGAAGAUCAGGACAGAAUAUACUAGAAAAGUUAAACGAAAUGCAUCUCCUCUUGCAGACUCAAGCAGUAUCUAUGGAACAGAUCCUGCAAAGGGAGAAUGAUAUAAGUUCAGAAACAAUUCAGAUGCAACUGAAAAUCAGAAAUCUUGAAUUUGAAAUCUCCAUAAUAAAAACUUUGCAAGCUGCUACUAUAACAGAAUUACAAAUGUUUAAGGAACUCUUCCUAGAAGAAGUGAAAGCUGUAAGAUCAUUGUCAAAAGAACUGAGAAGAACCAAUGAGAGGAUAGCAGAGGUCAGUACCCAGCUUACUGUGGAGAAAGAGAACAGAUAUCCAGCCACUGCUUCUGCUACAAGGCCAGUCCUAGAGUCACCUUUUGCUGGAAAUCUUAAUGAUACUGAAGGUCUCAACAGAAGACAUAUUCAAAGAACAAGCAGGUCUUCAGAUGAGAGCAUGGAGAGCUUCUUGUUGAGGGUUAGUUAUUAUCUUUUUUCCUUUGAUGUUUAGGUUUCUGAUAUAAUUCUGGUAUGUUAUUUGGUGAAAUACUCAGUUGUUUAA